CUCUGCCACCAACUUUAAACCCCCAAGGAUCACACCCUUCUCUUGCCCAUCACUGUAAGGGCUGGGGAACUCUGCGUUGCUGCAAGAUACACGGCUUCAGUCCCAGGUCCUGAGAAAUGGGUGCUCCCAAGCUACCAAGGGCAAGGCAAGCACAGAUGGCUCUGGGGCAGACAGAGACCCCAAAGGGGAAGUUUCAGCAAGAAGCCACGUUCAAGCUCUACCUUGAAGACUGAAUAAGAUUUCAGGAGGCAAAUAUUGUUUGUGGGGAGGACAGAGCUGGUCAUCUGGAGAGCUCACGGGUAGAUCGGACUGGCCCCAGGGUGGGCAGAGAAAGAAUGGGGGCAGAGCUGGGAGUAGGAAAUGAGGACCUUUCAGGGAUGUAUUAGGAACCACAUCUCAUGAGCAACUGGGAGCCACAGAAGGUUUUUGAGCAGGGGAGUGACUCUUAAAGGCAGCACUUUGAUAAGUGUUCAGUCAAGCCCUAUUAUGGUCUAUAGCUGGUAAGGCUGGUGGUAGGGAGACAAGUCUCAAUUAAGAAACUGUCAUUUUUUGCUGGAUUCCUUGGAGUAAGUCACUGGGCCUCUCUGGGCUCCAGUUCCUGUUGGCUUGGGUGACAGGGAGGGGACAGGAAAGUGGGGGAAAGGGAGAAACAGCUGUUCAUCUUUGAGAGACUAGGAAAGCAGAACUUAGGGUGGGACCAAGGGACAGACAUUCUGGGGCAUGCCACCCAGUGAGGGCAUUGCUGGGCACAGCCUGAACAGGGAACUUGGGCUCCUGGCUCCCUGUGGGCAGCUGCCCUGCCCUCUCACUGGGCUGACCAGCAUCGUGUGUGUGGACCCAGGGCUGGACUCAUAGCAGGCUCUGAGGCUGAGGUGCCCCAGGGUUCCCUAGGAGACCCCUGGCUGCUCAGCCAGUAGAGUGUGCCCUAGGCUCUUGGGCACCAGAACCAGUGUGAGGACCUAUGGGCUUCCUGCUCCAGCUUCUCCUCCUGGCCUCAUCUGUCCCAGCAGGCCUGGCCUCGUGGGGCGUUACCAGUCCCCAGGCCGUGCAGGGUGUGAAGGGCUCCUGCCUGGUCAUCCCCUGCGUCUUCAGCUUCCCUGACAGCGUGGAGGUGCCCCAUGGCAUCACAGCCAUCUGGUACUAUGACUACUCAGGCAAGCAGCAGGUAGUGAGCCACUCGGAGAACCCCCAGCUGGUGGAGGCCCACUUCCAAGGCCGUGCCCAGCUGCUGGGGCAGGCCGAGCACAAGAUGUGCAGCCUGCAGCUGAGGGACCUGCAGCCUGAGGACUCGGGCACCUACAACUUCCGCUUCGAGAUCAGCGAAGGCAACCGCUGGUCAGAUGUCAAAGGCACGGUGGUCACCGUGACAGAGAAGCCCAGUGUGCCCACCAUCACCUCACCGACUGGGCUGCGCGAGGGCAUGGAGGCGAGCUUCAACUGCUCCACUCCCUACACGUGCCUGCAGAAGCCGGUCAGCCUGCAGUGGCAAGGCCAGGACCCCACUCGCUCGGUCACCUCCAGCCUCCAGAAGCUUGAGCCCACAGGCGUCAGCCACCUGGAGACCCUCCACAUGGCCCUGUCCUGGCAAGACCACGGCCGGACCCUGCGCUGCCAGCUCUCGGUGGCCAACCACAGGACUCAGGGCGAGAUUCAUCUCCAAGUGGAGUAUGCCCCCAAGGGUGUGGAGAUCCUCCUCAGCCCUUCAGGGAGGAACAUCCUUCCAGGUGAUCUGGUCACACUCACCUGCCAGGUGAACAGCAGUCACCCUCAGGUCAGUUCCGUGAAGUGGGUCAAGGAUGGGACACACCUCAAAGACCAGAGUCGUGUCCUGCAGUUGCCCCGGGCAGCCUGGGAUGACGCUGGCGUCUACACCUGCCUCGCUGGGAAUGGCGUGGGCUCUUCGGUCUCACCACCGGUCAGCCUCCACAUCUUCAUGGCUGAGGUCCAGGUGAGCCCAGCAGGCUCCAUUCUGGAGAACCAGACCGUGACGCUGACCUGCAACACACCUAAAGAAGCGCCCAGCGAGCUGCGCUACAGCUGGUACAAGAACCACGCCCUGAUGGAGGACGCCCACAGCCGCACCCUCCAGCUGCGCUCAGCCACCAGGGCCGACACGGGCUUCUACUUCUGCGAGGUGCAGAACGCCUGGGGCAGAGAGCGCUCUGGCCCCGUCAGCUUGGUGGUCAGCCACCCACCCCUUGCCCCGGACCUAACUGCCUUCCUGGAGACACAGGCAGGUCUGGUGGGCAUCCUCCAAUGCUCCGUGGUCAGCGAGCCCCUGGCUACUCUGGUGUUGUCACACGGGGGCCUCGUCCUGGCCUCCACCUCCGGGGAGGGUGACCACAGCCCACGCUUCAGUGUCUCCUCUGCCCCCAACUCCCUGCGCGUGGAGAUUCAAGACCUAGGGCCAACUGACAGUGGGGAGUACACCUGCUCAGCCACCAACUCCCUUGGGACUGAGUCCUCCACCCUGGACUUCCAUGCCAAUGCAGCCCGCCUCCUCGUCAGCCCGGCAGCAGAGGUGGUGGAAGGGCGGGAGGUGACACUGAACUGUAGGAGCAGCCUGAGCCCGACGCCGGACACUCGCUUCUCCUGGUACCGGAACGGAGCCCUGCUUCUUGAGGGGCCCAGCAGCAGCCUCCUGCUCCCUGUGGCCUCCAGCACCGACGCUGGCUCAUACCACUGUCGGGUCCAGGAAGGCCACAGCGCCAGCGGGCUCUCCGCACCUGUGGUCCUCACCAUCCUCUACGCCCCACGCCAGCCCAGGUUCACCGCCCGGCUGGACCCCGAUACUGCAGCAGCCAGGGCCAGGCGGCAAGGCCUCCUCUUGUGCCGUGUGGACAGUGACCCUCCAGCCCAGCUGCGGCUGCUCCACAGGGACCGUGUUGUGGCCUCUUCCUUGCCAUCGGAGGGCAGCUGCAGCAGCUGCAGGGGCUGUUCCCAACGCAUGAAGGUCACCAGAGCCCCCAACCUGCUGCGUGUAGAGAUCCAAGACCCGGUGCUGGAGGAUGAGGGUGUGUACCUGUGCGAGGCCAGCAGCGCCCUGGGCAAUGCCUCUGCCUCAGCGACCUUCGAUGCCCAGGCCACUGUCCUGGUGAUCACACCAUCGCACACACUGCAGGAAGGCACCGGAGCCAACUUGACUUGCAAUGUGAGCCGGGAAGCUGAUGGCCCUGCCAACUUCUCCUGGUUCCGGGACGGGGUGCUGUGGGCCCAGGGCCCCCUGGAGACCGUGACACUGCUGCCUGUGGCCAGAACAGAUGCUGCCGUCUAUGCCUGCUGCAUCCUCAUGGAAGCCGGUGCCCAGCUCUCCACCCCUGUGGUCCUGAGUGUGCUCUAUCCCCCAGAUCCUCCAAAGCUGUCAGCCCUCCUGGACGUGGGCCAGGGCCACAUGGCUGUGUUCGUCUGUACUGUGGAAAGUCGCCCUCUUGCCCAGCUGGCCCUGUUCCAUGGGGAGCACCUCCUGGCCACCAGUCUGGGGGCCCAACUCCCAUCCCGUGGCCGCCUUCAGACCAAAACCACAGCCAACUCCCUGCAGCUAGAGGUCCGAGACUUGAGCCUUGGGGACUCUGGCAGCUACCGCUGUGAGGCCACCAAUGUCCUCGGAUCAUCCAACACUUCCCUCUUCUUCAAGGUUCGAGGAGCCUGGGUCCUGGUGUCACCAUCACCCGAGCUCCGGGAGGGCCAGGCUGUGGUCCUGAGCUGCCAGGUACCCACUGGGGUCCUGGAGGGGACCUCAUACCGCUGGUAUCGGGAUGGCCAGCCCCUCCAGGAGCCCUCCUCGGCCACACUCCGUUUUGCAGCCAUAACUCUGAGCCAAGCUGGGGCCUACCAUUGCCAAGCCCAGGCUCCAGGCUCAGCCACAACGAGCCUGGCUGCCCCUGUCAGCCUCCACGUGUCCUAUGCCCCUCGCCAGGUCACAGUCACCACCCUGAUGGACACAGGCCCCGGGCGAUUGGGCCUCCUCCAGUGCCGUGUAAACAGCGACCCUCCAGCCCAGCUACGACUGCUCCACGGGGACCGCCUCGUGGCCUCUACCCUACAAGGUGUGGGGGAGCUUGCAGGCAGCUCUCCUCGGCUACAGGUGACUGUGACCCCCAACAUGCUGCGCCUGGAGAUCCACCAGGCAAUGCUGGAGGAUGAGGGCGUCUACACCUGCGAGGCCACCAACGCCCUGGGACAGGUCUCGGCCUCAGCCAACUUCGAUGCCCAGGCUGUGAGUGUGCAGGUGUGGCCAGAGGCCAAGGUGCAGGAGGGGCAGCUGGUGAACCUGACCUGCCUUGUAUGGACAACUCACCCGGCCCAGCUCACCUACGUGUGGUACCAAGAUGGGCAGCAGCUCCCAGAUGCUGCCCACUCCAUCCUCCUGCCCAAUGUCACAGUCAGGGAUGCUGCCUCUUACCGCUGUGGCGUGUUGACUCCUGGCCAGGCACCCCGCCUCUCCACACCUAUCACCCUGGACGUCCUCUAUGCACCCCGCAGCCUGCGCCUGACCUACCUCCUGGAGAGCCGUGGUGGGCAGCUCGCCCUGGUGCUGUGCACCGUGGACAGUCGCCCACCCGCCCAGCUGGCCCUCAGCCAUGCUGGCCGCCUCCUGGCCUCCUCGACUGCAGCCUCUGUCCCCAACACCCUGCGCCUGGAGCUGUGGGAGCCCCGGCCCAAGGACGAGGGUCUCUACAGCUGCUCGGCCCGCAGUCCUCUGGGUCAGGCCGACACGUCCCUGGAGCUCUGGCUGGAGGGCGUGCAGGUGACCCUGGCUCCGUCGGCCACUGUGACCGAGGGGGCCCCUGUCACAGUGACCUGUGAAGACUCCGCUGCCCGCCCACCCACGCUCUAUGCCUGGUACCACAACAGCCGUUGGCUGCAGGAGGGGCCUGCUGCCUCCCUCUCAUUCCCGGCGGUUACACGGGCUCACGCAGGCGCCUACACCUGCCAGGUCCAGGAUGCCCAGGGCACACGCAGCUCCCGGCCUGCAGCCCUGCAUAUCCUCUAUGCCCCUCAGGAUGCUGUCCUGUCCUCCUUCUGGGACUCAAGGGCUGGCCCUAUGGCUGUGGUACAGUGCACUGUGGACAGCGAGCCACCUGCCGAGCUGGCCCUGUCCCGUGAUGGCAAGGUGCUGGCCACCAGCCACGGGGUCCCCGGCUCGGCAGUGGGAACGGGCCGUGUCCAGGUGGCCCGCAACGCCCUGCGGCUGCAGGUGCAAGAUGUGCCCUCAGGUGACAAGGAUACCUAUGUCUGCACAGCCCGCAACUCGUUGGGCUCAGUCAGCACCAUGGGGCAGCUGCAGGCAGAAGGUGUGCGUGUGGUGGCCGAGCCAGGGCUGGCCGUGCCUGAGGGUGCAGCGCUGAACCUGAGUUGUCACCUCCCUCAUGGCCUUGGGCCCACGGGCAACUCCACCUUCUCUUGGUUCUGGAAUGGCCGGCAGCUACACACAGAGCCUGUGCCCACCCUUGCCUUCACCCACGUGGCCCGCGCCCAAGCUGGAAUGUACCACUGCCAGGCUGAGCUCCAUGCUGGGGCCACCACCUCUGCUCCAGUCAUGCUCCAGGUGCUCUACCCUCCUAAGACGCCUACCAUGAUGGUUUUUGUGGAGCUCGAGGGGGGCAUCCAGGGCAUUCUGGACUGCCGAGUGGACAGCGAGCCCCUAGCCAGCCUGACCCUCCACCUUGGCAGUCAGCUGGUGGCGUCCAGCCAGCCCCAGGUUGCUCCUGCCAAGCCACACAUCCGCGUCUCAGCCACUCCCAACGCCUUGAGGGUGGAAAUGGAGGAGCUGCGGCCCAGCGACCAGGGGGAGUAUGUGUGCUCUGCCUCCAAUGCCCUGGGCUCUGCCUCUGCUGCCACCUACUUUGGAAACAGAGCCCUGCACCGCCUGCAUCUGUUCCAGAAGUUUCUCUGGGUCCUGGGACUGCUGGUGGGCCUCCUCUUCCUACUGUUAAGCCUGGGGGCCUGCUACACCUGGAGAAGGAGGCGUUGUUCCAAGCUGAGCAUGGGUGAAAAUUCGGUGGAGAUGGCUGCUCAGAAGGAAACCAUGAAGGAGGAGAAGGUUACCAGAAUCUGUGAUGACUCGGACCCCACGCUGGGUCCUGCCUGCAUCUGUGAAAACAGCUCUGCCGCAUCUGACUGUCUAUAACCUGGCUCCAAACGCCAAGAAAAAUGGAUGGUGAAAGGUGGAGGUGAACCCCAAUCUACCCAGGGGGACUCUGAAGAUAAAUGACUGGAUUCUGUUUUCCAUUUCUCUCUUUCCUCUGGAUCUCAUCUCUGCAUUCAUCUUCCAAUGCACAGCCUCUUCACAUCAUUCUCCUCCAAGACCGCUGUGGACUUUUUAGAUGGGUUAGAAUAGAAGAAGAGUUUUCUACAUCCUCACAGGCUGCUCAGAGCACUCUGUAUUAACUAGAAUAUAAACUAGGUAGGCUGCUCUAAAAAGAGACCAAAUACAGUAAUUUCAAUAGGAGAGAAUUUGAUUUUUAUCUCCCAAACUAGUUCGAGUAUGGUAUGGUGGUUUACGGUGUUGGAGCUCUGGAUCCUCUUAUCUUGUUUUUCUCUGUACCUCAAAUGUUGCUUUUGAUUGCAAGACAACACAUCACAAGGAUGACUACGUUGUAUUCACAAUCCCUCCAGCACAAAGAGGGAAGAGCAGAAGUUAAAGACAUACCCAUUCCCUUUGUGGAUACGACCCAGAAGUUGCCAGUGUUAUUUCCAUUCACUUCCUGUUGGCUAGAAUUUAGUCAUAUGGCCAUGCCAAGCUGCAAGGGGUUCUGGGAAAUGUAGUUUUUAUUCUAUUUCCAAAGGACUCCCAACUAUGGACUCAUCUCUGAGACUUUGGACAUUGAUAAGAAUGCUGCCAGCAGGCCACAUUUUGUCUCAGUGCCCAUCUGCUGAAGGUCAGGGGCAUAUCCGUGGCCAUUCUGACCAUGGGCUUCCUGGAAGAGGUAGUUCCUCUCACACAGUAAGACUGAAGGAGAUCAAGAUGGUUUCAUGGUCCCUAGGGAGAGGGAAUGCCAGGUGAUCAGGUUGCCUGAAUGGGUAUCUUGUGCCAGAUCUGGACCCUAAAAGAAGAGAUGCUCCAUUCCCACCCUCCCAACCCCCAGAGAGUGUGGGGAGCAGACAGCAUCAGCACCCGUUUCUGCUCCAAGUGCAUUCCUUUCCAUGAUCAAGUGAGCUCACGUCUUCUUCCUGGAGAAUUGCGUACCAGGGGCUGUUAAGACAAACCAGGGUCACUAAGAAACAGUAUUGUGCUCCUGGGAAGUCACUGCCUGAGGGGAAUCAGUUCUCAGGUGGGCUAGUGACUCCUCUGGUAGCCUGGCGGCUGAUGGAGGGAGGAGCAAAGAGACUACUGCUCUGGGAUUUGGGUUGAGAUGCAUGGAGAGAAGUGGGGAGUUGGCACAGGAGCAAACGGGUUGGGAAAAAGUUGGAGGAGCUUCGUGUAGCCGUGGUUGGACCCUUCCAGGUCCCCAGUUACAUUCCUAUUAGUGCCUGAUUGCCAGACUCUUCCUGGGAGCCCACCCAGCAUGUCCUCCCAAUAAACAUCCAUCCUAUGGCAUAA